GAAUUGAAUUGAAUUGUCAUUAUUAAUUUGUCAUUUGUUUGUCAUAGGAUGGGACUGCAUUUCGUAUUUACUACUUUAUUUUCGUUUAUCCCUGUGGUUUAUUCUAUCUGCAAUCAUAAAAACGAUGAAAAGAAGAGAAAUUAAAAGAGGUUUUUAAAUGAAUUGUGGAAAACAAAAUCUCUUCUAAAUCGGGUAAUAUAGUUACAUAGGAUUAUGAAUGGUUUUAUAGCUGUACACUGUGGUGCUGGAUACCAUAGUGAUACUUUAAGGAAAGACUAUCAAAAAACUUGCUAUACAGCAUGCAGAAAAGCUGGACAAGCUCUUAAUGAAGGAGGAAAUGCAGUUGAUGCUGUAGAAAAAGCUAUAGUUGAGUUGGAAAAUAGUUCACUAACUAAUGCUGGCUAUGGAUCAAACUUAAGCUGGGAUGGCUUAGUAGAAUGUGAUGCUUCAAUUAUGAAUGGACAAACCUUACACUUUGGUGCCUGUGGAGCUGUAUCAAAUGUAUGGAAUCCAAUAAAAUUAGCUAAACAAUUGUGUAUUAAGCAAUGUGACAACCUCUCCCUUGGUAGAGUGCCACCUUGUAUACUAACUGGGAAAGGAGCCCGCACAUGGGCAGAAAGAAUGGGCUUGGAAAUUGUUGAUGACAAAAAAAUGAUAUCAGCCAGAGCCUUUCGCAACUUCAAACACUGUAAAAGGAAAUUGAAGAGAUACUCUCUACAAAAUGAUGUUAGAUUCAGUCCUUUGGACACAGUUGGGGCAAUUUGUGUGGAUUCUAAUGGAGUUGUUGCAGCUGGAGCUAGUUCAGGAGGUGUAUCUCUAAAGCAUGAAGGUAGAGUUGGUCAGGCAGCUUCUUUUGGCAGUGGUGUGUGGGCAGUCAUGAGUAGAGAUGGAAUAAAACCCUCAGUAGCUUCAUGUACUUCAGGAUGUGGAGAGCAUCUUAUUAGAACCCAACUAGCUAAAAACACAGCAGAGAGCUUGUUUGAAUCAUCACCAGUAUUAAGCUUAGACAAAUGUUUAAAGGAAAAGUUUUUGGAAUCACCUUUCCUUUGGGAUAUACCAGAAAGGCUGGGAGGAGCUUUAGCAUUAUCAUUCAAUCCUGAAAUAGGAGAAGGAGAACUGUUAUGGGGUCACACAACUAAGACAAUGUGCAUUGGAUAUAUGUCUACAGAGAUUGCUAAACCAAAGUGUAUUAUCUCUUACUUGCCAGCAAAAGUAGAACCUGGACGCAAAGCUGUAGUCUCUGGAUUACCAUUUAAAGUUCCCAUACAACCAUGCCCUGUUUUGCAGUGGGAAAUCAAGACUGAACAUCACUCAAAUGGAUCUCUUUGAUAUUGGCUUAUAAACUUUAAAUUCAAGCAGUCACUGCCAUGAAUCAUCUCAUUAAAUAAAAGUAUUAUUAUCAAUUAUUAUUGACAUUAUGUUUGCCCAUUCAGUUACUAUUUUUGAAGGGUUCUAUAAUAGCUUAGUCUCAAUGUGAUAUGUAGUAAUUUUAUGAAGCUUUAAAAUAUGAUUCAUUUUUAUACAAAGUACAACAUGCUUAUACCUUUAAAAUAUAAAAUUGCAAUACAACAUAGGACUGUGUUAAAUUAAAUUAAUAACUGCCAAUAUACAUCUUUCAU